CUGGGAUCUCUGUAAUCAUCCAGCAUACAACGUUGCGAUGUCAGUGGAAUUAUUUAAAUCAGAAACUCUAAAAACAACGUUACAUGAUCAUUCUUGAGGGGAAUUCUAAAUCAGGCUGCUUAGGCAAUACUUUUCGCCAAGAUCGUCAUCCACUGAAUUUGGUUCGCCCUCCGGUGUCGUGCCAAUGUAGUUACCCCAGUCAAAAAUUGGAUCCCCUGGGCGGAGCCAUAUUGAGGAGUGUUAUUGCGUGGGAGGGAGGGGCCAUGAUGUUAGAAGCGACGCCACAGCUGAGCAAAACGGAACACUUGCAAGAGGAGGCUUGCGACUCCGUCCGCGCGUACAGGUGCACACAGCAGGCGAUCUUAAGUGGGAGACAGUCAAUCAAGAUGCAAGUUUGGACAUGUUUCUUCAAUAUGGAACACCAGAAGAUCCUCCUACUUCUCAUCCUGGCAACAGCAUCCAAGUUGCGAGCCUUUCCAUUCAGCGCAUCUCCGGAUGUCGAUGUCAUCCCCAGGACAACAGUCUUCCUUAAUGGCCUCCUGGGCACCGCUCACUUUAGCGGCGCCGCGCAGAACUACAGCACGCUUCUGUUGGAGGAAGAGGCGGGGAUUCUGUACGUGGGAGGAAGAGGAGCGCUAUACGCUCUUAACGCAUCAGACAUCUCCACACCCGCCAGCCCCCGAAUCGAAUGGGACUCCUCUCCUGAGCAAAAAAAGCAAUGUUUGAAUAAAGGAAGGAACAAUAAGACUGAGUGUUUCAACCACAUCCGCUUCCUGCAGCGCUACAAUGAGACUCACCUGUACACGUGUGGAACCAAUGCCUUCAGACCUCUCUGUGCGUACAUCGAUUCGGAACGCUUCAGCUUGUCUUCGGGCAUCGAGGAUGGCAGAGACAGGUGUCCUUACGACCCAUCCAAGGGAUACACAGGCCUCCUUGUUGAUGGCGAGAUGUUCACAGCAUCCCAGUACGAGUUCCGCAGCUCACCGGACGUGCGCCGCAAUUUCCCCUUCCCAACUCUGAGGACGGAGGAGGCCCCCACCCGUUGGCUUCUGGAGGCGGAUUUUGUAGGCUCAGCCCUGCUGCGGGAGAGCAUCAACAGCUCCAUCGGCGAUGAUGACAAGAUCUACUUCUUCUUCACGGAGAGGAGCCAAGAGCAGAUGGCGUACCCCAGCCGCACCAAGGUUUCCAGAGUAGCAAGGGUUUGCAAGGUCAGAGGAGAGGCUGUCUUCUUCUCCAAAAGCACUACCCACACCCUAUCCAGUGUCCACUUUUCAUGUGCGUAAUCAGCGUCCUUGAUCCAGAUUGCAAGCUCAACUUUCUGUCGGUUAUGUUAAUUCAUGUUUAUAGUUACAUGAGGCCUAAUAUUUUCUUCAUCACAUAGCAGGAUCUAUGUAUGAUUACAAUCAAAUCAAAGUCUUAACACUAGGUACGGUCAUGUGAAAAAAUUAGGACACCCUAUUGAAGCCUGUUUGUUUUCUAACAUAUUUGGUCAUAUGGACAUUUAAUAUUUUAACAAUCAUGACAGAUUCAAGUAAUAGAACUAAUAAAGAGAUUUUUUAUAACUUUCUGUAAAAUGUAAUUUUAAAUAAAUGCAAUUUCUGUUGAGGAAUAAAUUAGGACACCCCCACAUUCAAUCCCACUUAAAAUGGCUAAAAUCACACACAGGGGUAUCGCAUCAGGUGUACAUGAUUAGAGCAUCAUUACCCAGUGUUUUGAAAGAAGCUUGCCUGAUUGAAACCUCACAUGUAGUUUGGUGUGCCCUUGACUGUUAAAGUGAGAGAAAACACCAUGGUAAGAUCAAAGGAGCUGUCUGAGGCCUUCAGAAAGAAGAUUGUAGGCGCAUUUGAGUCUGGUAGGCGAUUUCAAAAGAUCUCAAAAGAAUAGAAAAUCAGCCAUUCCACUUUCCGGAAAAUAGUGUACGAGUUGAAAACAUUCAAAACAACUGCCAACAUGACCAUAUCUGGCCGUCCUAGGAAGUUCACCCUGAGAGGAGACCGCAAGAUGCUAAAAGAAGUCUCCAAAAACACUAAAAUGUCAUCACGGGACCUACAGCAGGCCCUUACUACUGUUGAUGUGAAAGUACAUGCCUCUACAACCAGAGACUUCACAAGUUUAACCUUCAUGGGAGGUGUGCAAGAAGGAAACCUUUGCUGUCCAAGAAGAACAUGAAGGCCUGACUGAAGUUUGCCAGAGUGAAUGUAGACUAAGACCAUGACUUCUGGAAUAAUGUUCUUUGGGCAGGUGAAUCUAAAAUUGAAUUAUUUGGACAUCAGAACAGAGGACAUGUUUGGCGUAAACCCAAUACAGCAUUCCAGGAAAAGAACCUCAUACGAACCGUGACGCAUGGAGGUGGAAGUGUCAUGGUUUUGGGAUGCUUUGCUUCAGCAGGACCUGCCUAGUUCACCAUCAUAGAAUCCACCAUGAAUUCUAUUGUAUAUCAGAGGGUGCUUGAGGAACUUGUGAGGUCAUCUGUAAAAAAAUUAAAGCUGAAGCCAAACUGGACCCUGCAACAUGACAAUGACCGAAAAUAUACCAGUAAAUCCAUCAAGGACUGGCUGAAAAGAAAGAAAUGGAGAGUUCUGGAAUGGCCGAGUCAAAGCCCAGAUCUUAAUCCCAUUGAGAUGCUGUGCAGUGACUUGAAAUGGGCUGUACGUGCAAGAAACCCCUCAAACAUCUCACAGCUGAAAGUAUUCUGCGUUGAGGAGUGGGGCAAACUUUCUUCAGACCAAUUUCAAAGACUGGUAGAUGGCUACAAAAAGUGUCUGACUGAAGUUAUUUGAGCCAAAGGGGGUAACACUAGCUAUUAGGUGGUUGGGUGUCCAAACUUUUUCCUCAGUUAGAAUAUGCAUUUUUGUUGAUAUACAGUAUUUGGUUUAAUGAGUAAAAAAAAAAUGUUAAUUUUUGUUGUUUACCUGCAAUUAAAUCACUUUCUUUUCCAGAGAUAAAGAAAAACAAGAUCAGACAUUGAUAUGUGAACAUUUCUUAAUAAAGAACUGAAUAUUUAAUGGGGUGUCGUAAUUUUUUCACAUGACUGUAUGUCUUCUGUAUAUGCUAGUCCUUCUAAAAAAAUUAGCAUAUUGUGAUUAAGUCAAAAAGUCAAGAAAAACAAAAAGGGAUUUUUGUUUUUUCCUGACUUUUUUGCCAAAAUCAUCAAUAUUAAAACAAUGAAAGGCUUGAACUACUUCAGUUGUGUGUAAUGAAUCUAAAAUAUAUGAAAGUCUAAUGUUUAUCAGUACAUUACAGAAAAUAAUGAACUUUAUCACAAUAUGCUAUUUUUUUUUAAAGAAGGACUGGUAUGGGGGGGUGCAAAAGUACAGAUAUGCAAAAAUACACUUCUAUCUAUCUAUUCGGGCUGCAACUAGCAAUUAUUUUCAUAAUCGAUUAAUCGGUUCGAUUACUUUCACAAUUUACCUUGAAGUUGUUUUCAGCAUGCUGUAAGUAACAAUGACGACAAAAUGGAUGACUAUUUCCUUCAAAAAUAAUAUUUUAUUAUUGCUUAUUUCAGCAAGUGCACUUAUACAACAAAGAACUUUCUUUAUGGCAUGAAAUAUAAGAUCUAUUUAGAUUUGACAAAUAUGGUAAGUCUAAACUCACUUGAUUUAAAUUUAUUAUGCUAAUUUGCUGAGAGGAGAGAAUUAUCACUGCAAUAUUAUUGUAUUUAUAUAAAUAGGAAAAUAGUAUUUUGGUUUCCUUGUUUGAUUACAUUAAAGGGUCAAAGUACAAUUUUUGAAAUUAACACCUCAUCUGAUUGGACGCUGUGUAAUUCCAACUUGCGAAUCAAUUAGUGUUUUGUCCUUUCUCUUAUGUGUAAUACAUACAAUGCAAUGUAAAAUCAUUUUACAUGAGUCAUAAUUUAGAAUUUGUGAAGGAUUUUUUUAAGCUUUGUUGACACACAAAUAAUAAAGUCAGAUCUUCCUCAAUGGGGACACACAAAUCCCCGAGUGAUUUUCUUCUGCUUUUUGUGACAUGUGACCUCUUUAUGAGAAGGAGGUCACAUCAGUGAAGCCCUUGCAGUUGAGCCAGAAAAGUCACUGAGCUUUGGCUCUCACGUUCAGAAAAUUAAAUUAACUCCGAGAAAUGUGUUAUGCAGUGCAUGUCAGCUUUACUCGUCCUCUGUCUCUUGACAGACAGAUUGGGGCGGUCAAAGGACCCUGCAGAGAAAAUGGACCUCCUUCCUCAAAGCUCGCCUUGUGUGUUUGGUG